AUCUCUAUCUCUCGUCUUUCCACUGCUCCCCUUUCUGUUCCCUUCCUCCCCUCUGUGACAUUAAGUUUAAACUUGACACUGAUGUUGACUCACUGUGUCACCUACUCUCUCUCUCUCUCUAUCUCUCUCUCCUUCUCUUGCUGCGAGGACAUAAGUGCCCGCAGACGCAAUUCUCUAUGGAGCCCUCCCUCCAUCUCACUCUCUUCCACUCCGUCUAACUCUCUCCAUCUCUCUCUCUCUCUCUCUCUCUCUUCCAUUCUUUGCCCUGCUAUCUCACCCUCUAUCUUACAAACAUACAGUCCAUUGUCAACAAACAGAACAAGCAGGAUAAAACUCCUGUGUUUUAUGAAGAGCAAUGACUUUGGCAUCACACUCCAUGAUGUCUUGUGCAUAAAUCAACAUUUGGUUAAAGGGUCUAGUGUAUGAUGCAUGAGAAGUUAACAAUGCUGAAUUUGCAAAGUAGUUCGAAUUGGAACAUGCCUAAUGACUGGUACCAUCAGCAGAACACUGCUGCCACCCAUCACAGUACAGUGUCCAAUGGCUGCAUGGUGGACACAGACAUAGGGAUGGGGACAGGAGGAGGAAGAGUGCAGAUGGAGAGGGACGACAGUGAAGAAUCACAGCUGCGGCUGCAGCUGAAGAGGAAACUGCAGAGGAACAGGACUAGCUUUACUCAGGAGCAGAUUGAGGCUCUGGAAAAAGAAUUUGAGAGGACACACUACCCUGACGUCUUUGCACGAGAACGUCUAGCAAAUAAAAUAGACCUCCCAGAAGCACGGAUCCAAGUGUGGUUUUCCAACCGAAGAGCCAAAUGGAGACGAGAAGAGAAGCUGCGCAACCAGAGGAAAUCUGGGGGUGGAACUUCAUGCACCCAAACACAUACUCCGCUUAGCACUUCCUUUAACUCUGCCCUCUAUCAGCAGCACAGCAACAGUGCAGGCUCCAUGAUCAAUCAAAGUGAGACAACUCUCCCUAGUUACAGUUCCCUCUCUGUCUAUUCUGGAGUACAGUCGGCCCCCUCAUAUCCUUGCAUGCUGCCCCCUUCCCCUUCUGCCCCACAAUCCUUUGAGCCUUCUUCUUACCCCUCCCCCCACCUCCCAGGCCCGCCUACUGGAAACACCAGCACAGGUUUGAUCUCUCCAGGCAUUUCAGUACCGGUCCAGGUCCCAGGGAAUGAGCAGAACAUGGGCCAGAACUUGGGCCAGUACUGGGCUCGACUGCAGUGAGGAAAAAGCAGUUCAUGAGCAUGUGAGGAAGUGAUAGAGUCAGAAACAAAAUCUUGAAGAGAAAGCUCAUGCAUGAAAACUCGGCCAUGCUGAAUACGCAGGGAUACAAAUUACGAAUUAACAUUCAAUUUAAUGCACUCUGCAGAAGUGUUGUAACUUUGUGGUUUUGUAAACCAUAUUGCAUUGUCACCAGCAUGAAUCAGUUGCAAUGCACUAUGGGACAUUUUGUCUUGCUUGAUAGUCUGUUGUUUAAACUUACACUACUAAAUUCGCAAAAUAAAGUGGAUCAUACAUUAGCAUUUUAAGGGAUUAUCUGAACACACGCUAAAUUUUUGAUAAAGCCUAUUCAGUAAGUGUGCUUAUUAUGUACACUUAUUAGUAAGUCUGAGUUUUCAUCCAUGGCCAGAGAGAGAUGUAAACUUUUUUUUAGGUUACACAAAGAACCAAAAAAUAAGGAAAUCCUCUGCAAGGUUGUUUACAAAAGUAUUUACUUCUCUUUUAGAAUAAUUUCUUAAUGGGAAAAUUUCUUCAUGAAAAAUUUCCAUGCUCUAAUUGAAUGAAAAAUAAUGUGAAACCGAACUUUUGGUAAAUAUCUGAAUCAUGUAUUUUUCAAUUUACAUGGUUUUUUUUAGACACUUCAUAAAAUAUGUUUCACAUAUUUUCACAUGUGGACUUUUCACAUGUAGUGCAUGUGUUUUGUUUGUGUGUGUGUGUUUUUUUUUAACAGAUGAUUAAUUUAUUUUCAUAUGUGAACUCUUCACAUGUGAAUAUGUGAUAAGGGGGAUUCCACCAUACAGAAACAGUGAGAGGAAGUCAACAAGCAUGUUGUAAACACUACUUGGAACAGAGCCAUUGUGUCAAAACUGACAUCUGUUGAAAUACUUGCACUAGAGCGAAUGACUAUCAGUGCUCAUUAAAAAGCCAAUGACAAUCAUUAACAGUUAUGCAUCUUGAAUUUUCAUAAUGACUUAAAAAGCACUUGACAAUCCAAAGUUUCUCAUCACUGCUUUUUGCCCCAAAACAUUAUCAUGCUUUAAUUCCUUCUGUAAUUUGAUUAGAAAAUAUAUUUGAUAUUUAUUCAUAUUUUUGCCAUAUUCUGUGUGACCAUCUUUAAAUGCUAGGAUUUCUGAUCUGUGUACUCCUUUUCGUAUAUACUCAUUAAAUCUGUGAAUGUGUACAUAUGUGCAUGUGUGUGUUGGAGGGCUCAUUAAAUCUGUGAAUGUGUACAGAUGUGCAUAUGUGUGUUGGAGGGCAGGAAUGCAAUGCAAUUGUUUUUUGUGUAAGGAUCAAAAAGGUGUCUUUUUCCUGCAGUCAACCUAUUUUGUGUAUGCACUGAACCCUUUAAUAAA